GAAAGAGAGAGAGAGAGAGAGAAAAGUGCAUACGCGUCGUACAAGUAUGGCGGUAAUCCUAUCAGCUGAUAGUGUCCGCGGUUGGGAUGACGGAUGAAAAUUUGGUUAAUCAGUCAAAUCGGAGCAAGUGUCCCCUUCCCUGUCAACAUCGAUGACCACAAGUCGCGUAUUCCUCUAGUCCACAAUACGUACGUACAUACACAAUACAUGAGACAGUGAUCUGGAUGACGCAUAGACGCAUAGGAUAUGCUGAUGCAUCUGUCAUUACGUUGGCACGAGACGGAACUGCGUUAUCGAGGUAGAAGAACCGAGGACGAGGAACACGCGGAAACGAGGAGAGCUCGCGGGCAUGUCGCAAGGUAUAGACAGGCUCGAGUCGUCGAGGUGGUAAACUGAAAGAUUAAGAAGGUCGUCGACUUCGGCACCGAUCAGGAUCAAUCCUGUAAUGAGCGACUCGGAACAGCGGCAAUUGCACGUGCCUUAUCGAGAGUACCAGAGUCAGAACAGCAUCACCGGUCCCGCGGUCACUCUCGUGGAGACCGAUGCCCUGGUGGAUCUGUCCAUCGGCAACAGCAGCAGCAGCCAUCACCAUCAGCAGCAGCAACCGCGUCUGUCGUCGCAGAACGAGCGACAGUUAACGCCACCUCCACCGCCUCCGCCGCCGCCACCGCCUGCGGAUCUUCUGCCUGACGUCGAGUUCAUUCCCGGUCUGAGCAACGACCAAACCCUAGCCAUAGAUUCCUCCGGGAUCGACCGGGAGAGCCAGCCUCUCCUGGGUCGCUUGGAGCUCGAUGUUACCUUCAACAGAUUUCCAGAUGACCCUCAGUUCACGGAAUUGGUGUGGCAGGCUGAGUGUGCGAUAGACAAUGGGGUUUAUCCGGAGAGGAUAUAUCAGGGUUCCAGUGGUAGUUACUUUGUCAAAAAUCCUGCAGGGAAAAUAAUAGGUGUAUUCAAGCCAAAGGACGAGGAACCUUACGGCAGGCUGAAUCCAAAGUGGACGAAAUGGAUGCACAAGCUCUGCUGUCCCUGUUGCUUCGGUAGGAGCUGUCUGAUCCCGAAUCAGGGAUACUUGAGCGAGGCAGGCGCGAGUCUAGUCGAUCGCAAACUAGGUCUUGGCAUUGUACCAAACACCAGAGUAGUGAAACUCGUCAGCGAGGUGUUCAAUUAUCCACGUCUGGAUCGUCAGAAGGCGCGCAUGAAACAGGCUAUCAUGGAUCAGUUUCCUACAGUAGGAUCGCAUUUCAAUCGCAUCGGUCUGCCGCCGAAGGUCGGCUCCUUCCAAGUCUUCGUGGACAGCUACAAGGACGCCGAUUAUUGGCUGAGGCGAUGGGAAAACGAAUCGAUGCCGGCGCGUCUGAGCCGAGAAUUUCAACUUCAGUUCGAGCGUUUAGUCAUUCUGGAUUAUAUCAUCAGGAAUACAGACAGAGGUAAUGACAAUUGGCUGAUCAAGUAUGAUACUAGUGUCAGUAAAAACGGGUCCGAGCAGGGUGAAGUGAAGAUCGCGGCGAUAGACAACGGCCUGGCCUUUCCUUUCAAGCAUCCGGAUUCUUGGCGGGCGUAUCCUUAUCAUUGGGCUUGGUUGACUCAGGCGAAACAACCGUUCAGCGAAGUCACGAGAGAACUAGUCCUGCCGCAACUCUCGGACCAGAACUUUGUACAAGAUCUCUGCGAUGAUUUAUAUCAAUUGUUUAAACAAGAUAAGGGUUUUGAUCGGCAUCACUUUGAUAGGCAAAUGAGUGUGAUGCGUGGUCAAAUCUUGAAUCUGCAACAGGCUCUGAAAGACGCCAAGAGCCCCGUACAAUUGGUACAAAUGCCGGCUGUAAUCGUGGAAAAAUACGUGCAGCCUCCGCGUACAAAGUCCUUCGCACCAGAACGUUUGUACGAGGCGCCGUCAAAGCGACUCGACACCAGCACAACUUAUCACUUGUCUUAUCUGAAUGCGGAUCGACGUUACGCGCGACCUCAACCGAUUCGGCCCAUUCACAGUCUUCAGAGAAGUACCGGAAGAUUUGUCGAUGAGACGACGAACCAAUUAUCCUACAAGCCUAUAUGGCAGAUCGUUAAAGCGGAGUCUAUUGUACCAAAAUGUAGGCUGAUAUCGCAUCCGGGUACAAUGGAAACUGUAACAACAGUUCGUCACGAUUACAUGGCAAAACAUGUUGAAAAACCAGACAUGAUUAUACCUUGCGGAAGUAUCCGCACAAGUUCAGCGCCUUUGGAUGACAGAACGAUGAUGAGACUGUCAUACAUGUCUCCUGGACCUAUUGAACCUGCAAUCAGCUUUAAACCGAUAACAAAAUACUGCCCAUCAAGUCAGCCGCUGUUCAAAGAGACGACGCACAAGUUGAGCUAUCAGCCCUUCGUCGUUGACAAGAAAGAAUUAUAUCCUUGGACGCAGAAAGGAGUAUAUAAAUCGCCUGAUGUUGCAAUGUGUGGCAAAACCACUUAUUCCGAGAGCUAUAUGGAGAACGACGCAGUUUCCGUGGAAAAGCCGUUUCUUCCUACGACAGGAUACGUUUUACCUUACGGCGCCAAAUUCGCGGAUAAAACCAUUUACAAAGAGAGUUAUUUGCCGGGUGACGCGAAGCGCAUGGAGCCGUUUCUUCCCCGCGGCAGCAUUUCUAUCCCUGACGUAAAGAUGUCCGCUGAUACAACCAGUAAGCUGAGCUAUCAACGAGUCUGGACCGAGAGACGGAGGCCGUUCGUGCCGCCACGUGCUAGGGGUGUAACAGCCGGCAAAAUGCAAUCGGAGACGACGACUCGUCGCGAAUACAUGGUGAAAACGACGUCGCGUCCGGACCUCGUCGUCCCAUUCGACAACAUCCGCAUCGUCGACGUACCGUUUGAGGGAGACACCACCACCAGGUUGUCUUACGUAAAGCCUGAUGCGAUAAAACCUGUUCACAGUUACAAGCCCAUAGUUAUGCAAUAUCGCAGGCCGGAAAUUAAGAUCGACUCCGAAACGAUAAAUAAAUUAUCGUAUCAGGCGUGGACGUCGAUACCUAAGGAAGAACUCUCGUGGGCCCAGAAGAGUAAAUAUCGGUCGCCCGAACAUCCGAUGGCCGGCGACACGGUCUACCACAUGAGCUAUCCCGCACCAGGUCACUACGUCGAGGACGAUACGUGUCCGUGUCCAAUCGAUCAGCAAGAUGACAUCUCUUCAUCUACUCCGGCAGGAGUAGAAUCUUAAACGCUCUUAAAUUAGAUACAAUGUACACUUGUUGAUAUAUUAUACAAUAUAUUAUUUUAAUUCAUUACCUUUCU